AUGUUGACGUCCGCAACUUGUCCUCAUACUCACGACAUAUCUGGCUUGAGAGAACCGAAACUAAGCCAGUCAGUUCAUAGGGAAGAAUGCACGCAAUGUUUUGAUAAUCAGGAUGGCCCCACGGGCAUCGACGUUUGUUUGGUGUGCUUUAAUGGAUCAUGUCUUGACUCGGAUCGUCAUCAUACGCGUAACCAUGUCCUCCGAUCAGGACACUCCUUCACUCUGAAUGUCAAGCGCAACCCAAAGAAAAAGGCUUCCAAUCGCGCCGAUGGAGAGGAGCCACCUGCUAAAAUCAAAAAGCUUGCUAUUAAUGAGGAGCGCGAAGAGGAUAAAUACGAACAUACCACUGUGUUCAAGUGUUGGAAGUGUGAUCUGCAAGGUGGGAAAGAAACAAAGCGUCUAACUGAUGGCGUCAUGCUAUCGCUUUCAUCGGCACGUCAAUCUGAAGUCAAAGCUUGGGAAGAGGAGAUCACAGCUUGCGAGCACACACUUUGUGAUAAUCAACCUACUCCUGAUCAAGAAUGCAUUUUCAUUCUAACAUCAGGUCUGGCGCAUUGCGCCUCUUGCGAGCUUACCUCAAAUCUCUGGCUUUGCCUUACUUGUGGUGCUCUUGGAUGCGGUCGUGCCCAAUUUGGUGGCACUGGCGGCAACGGCCAUGCACUAGCACAUUUUAAUACGACCCAGCAUCCCGUGUGCGUAAAACUUGGAACUAUUACGCCUGAGGGCGGUGCUGAUGUAUACUGCUACGCAUGUAAUGACGCCCGUAUUGACCCAGAGCUCGUAACCCACCUCAGUACCUUUGGUAUCAAUGUCGCAGCACAGAAGAAGACCGAGAAGAGUAUGACUGAGCUUCAAAUCGAGCAAAACCUCCUGUUUGACUUCUCCCUUACUGCCGAGGAUGGUUCUGCACUUCAACCGAUCUUUGGUGCUGGUGCUACAGGUCUUAGCAACCUUGGAAAUAGCUGCUAUAUGGCCUCUGUUAUUCAGACACUGUUCUCACUCCCUCUUUUCCAAAUCCGUUAUUAUGGUAAAAGACCUUCCGGCACAAGUUCCGCCUAUAUCUCUCCGGCAGCAGCAGCUCACUGGGAGAAUUGCACUCAAGCCCUCCCUGCAGAUUGCCUGGAAUGUCAGAUGUACAAGCUCGCUGAUGGUUUGCUCAGCGGACGAUACUCUAAGCCUCACUCAGAUCAUGAACAGGCUCCAACUGACGCUCUCGCACACCCAACACCUGAACAUACUCCUUGGCAGGCGGGCCUGAAGCCAGCAGGAUUCAAGGCUCUUGUUGGUAAAGGCCACGCUGAGUUCUCUACCAUGCGCCAGCAGGAUGCGGAAGAAUUCUUUAGUCACCUGUUGACAGUACUCAGACGAUUCAACCACCAAAAUACUCGCGGCGUAUCAGAAGAAUAUGAACCGACCGAAACGUUUGCCUUUGGCCUCGAACAACGCCUCCAGUGCCAGUCCUGCCACAGGGUCAGGUACCGCGUAGACACGAUGGACGUCCUUAGCCUUGGUGUACCUGCUCAAGAACUCGCUGAUGGCGAAGUGGAUACGGUAGCGGGAAAACAAGAGACAGCAACUGUCGGUACAUCAGACGAAAGUGGUCCUGGAAAGAAGCGGUAUCGCUCUGUUUCUUUGGAGCAGUGCUUGAACCUAUUGCUCGGACCGAGUGGACAAGAGGCUCUGGAGUACCAGUGUGAAGGAGGCUGCGGAAAAGUGAAUGCCGUGAGGCAAAUGCAGUUUGCUACUUUCCCUGACGUUCUAGUACUGCAUGCAAAGAAGUUCCAGCUUGUGAACUGGGUCCCAACGAAGCUAGAUAUACCUGUGAUCCUUCCAGAGAAUGAUGAACUCAAUCUUGAUAACUACCUCGGGCAUGGACUUCAGUCUGGCGAACCCGAAGUUGACGCCGAAGCACUCUCUCAGCUUGAGGCUAUGGGCUUCCCGACCGUUAGUUGUCGGAACGCUCUGAUUUCAACUGGAAACGCUGGGGCCGAAGUUGCGAUGGAAUGGUUAAUCAUGCACAUGGAGGACCCAGACAUCAACAUACCCAUUCAAACAGCAGGAUCAGGAACUGGUAGUGCACCAGAACCACCCGCGGAGCAGGUAGCGAUGCUUGCUGACAUGGGCUUCACAAAUGCGCAAGCAAAGAAGGCGUUGAGGGAGACAGAUGGAAAUGUGGAACGCGCCGUCGAAUGGCUAUUUAACCAUCCCGAUGACACUGGCGAAGACAACUCACCCGCUACCUCGUCAUCAGAAACCAAAAAAGUACCACCUGGUUCAUCGCGCUUGCCUGCUCGAUACAGGUUGAAGGCCUUCAUAUCGCACAAAGGUCCCAGUGUUCAUUCUGGUCAUUAUGUCGCACAUAUUCGAAUGCCGAGAGGUGAUGCGAUGGAUGUAGAUGAUGCUGUCGGAGAUUGGGUACUUUUUAACGACGAGAAGGUUGUGCGAGCGGAUGAAACGAGCGUCAGGGAUCUGAAGAAAUUGGCGUAUAUGUAUGUUUUCGAGAGGGAGUGAAAGAAGAAGAAACCAGUGAAAGUUAAGUUGUCGAAAAGACCAAAGACUCAGGUGUAUUUCUAGUUUGCAUUGGAAUGUAGAGUUAACAUCAAUCAUGGUUAACCAGUCCCUUCAUCUUGACAGAUUAGAUCUCGGAUAAUUCAUCUAAUUGCCUCGGUCGCGAUCGUUGACUACGUGCGCGGUCUCUUGCUGUCAAGUUAUAACGCCACGCGACUUGAACGGUCUGAGACAUCGCGGUCACGACCAUUCACGUGAACUCAAAAUCAUUGGGUAAAGACGAGCCUGCAACUUGUAUUUACUACUACCUCUCACUGAGCACUUGUACGAG